AUGGACGGGGAGAGGCGGCCGGCGCCGGGCCCGCCCUCCCAGGGCCUGUUUGCGGACGCGCACCUGGUGCUGUGGACGCUGUGCUCGGUGCUGCUGCCUGUGUUCAUCACUCUGUGGUGUAGCCUCCAGCGCUCGCGCCGGCAGCUGCUCCGCAGGGACAUCUUCCGCAAGAGCAAGCACGGGUGGCGCGACACGGACCUGUUCAGCCAGCCCACCUACUGCUGCGUGUGCGCGCAGCACAUCCUGCAGGGCGCCUUCUGCGACUGCUGCGGGCUCCGCGUGGACGAGGGCUGCCUCAAGAAGGCCGACAAGCGCUUCCAGUGCAAGGAGAUCAUGCUCAAGAAUGAGGGCAGAGCCCCAGACACCAUGCCCCACCACUGGAUCCGUGGCAACGUGCCCCUGUGCAGUUACUGCGUGGUUUGCAAGCAGCAGUGCGGCAGUCAGCCCAAGCUGUGCGAUUACAGAUGCAUUUGGUGUCAGAAAACAGUACAUGAUGAGUGCAUGAAAAAUAGCUUAAAGAAUGAAAACUGUGAUUUUGGAGAAUUCAAAAACCUCAUCAUUCCACCAAGUUAUUUAACCUCCAUUAAUCAGAUGCGUAAAGACAAAAAAACAGAUUAUGAAGCGCUAGCCUCAAAGCUUGGAAAGCAGUGGACCCCCUUAAUAAUCCUGGCCAACUCUCGUAGUGGAACUAACAUGGGAGAAGGACUAUUGGGAGAAUUUAGGAUCCUGUUAAAUCCAGUCCAGGUUUUUGAUGUAACUAAAACUCCCCCUAUCAAAGCCCUGCAACUCUGUACUCUUCUUCCCUAUUAUUCAGCUCGAGUACUUGUUUGUGGAGGGGAUGGGACUGUGGGCUGGGUCCUGGAUUCAAUUGAUGAAAUGAAAAUUAAGGGACAAGAAAAAUACAUUCCACAGGUGGCAGUCUUGCCUCUGGGAACAGGCAACGAUCUGUCCAAUACAUUGGGUUGGGGAACAGGUUAUGCUGGAGAAAUCCCAGUUGCACAGGUCUUAAGAAAUGUAAUGGAAGCGGAUGGAAUUAAACUAGAUCGAUGGAAAGUUCAGGUAACAAAUAAAGGAUACUACAACUUAAGAAAACCCAAGGAGUUCACAAUGAACAACUAUUUUUCUGUUGGACCUGAUGCUCUCAUGGCUCUCAAUUUUCAUGCUCAUCGUGAGAAGGCACCAUAUCUGUUUUCUAGCAGAAUUCUUAAUAAGGCUGUUUACUUAUUCUAUGGAACCAAAGAUUGUUUAGUGCAAGAAUGUAAAGAUUUGAAUAAAAAAGUUGAGCUAGAACUGGAUGGUGAGCGAGUAGAACUGCCUAAUUUGGAAGGUAUUAUAGUUCUGAACAUUGGAUACUGGGGCGGUGGCUGCAGACUGUGGGAAGGGAUGGGAGAUGAGACUUACCCUCUAGCCAGGCAUGAUGAUGGUUUACUAGAAGUCGUUGGAGUAUAUGGGUCUUUCCACUGUGCUCAGAUUCAAGUGAAACUGGCAAAUCCUUUUCGAAUAGGGCAGGCACAUACAGUGCGGCUGAUUUUGAAGUGCUCAAUGAUGCCAAUGCAGGUAGAUGGGGAGCCGUGGGCCCAAGGGCCCUGCACUGUCACCAUAACUCACAAGACACAUGCACUGAUGUUGUACUUCUCUGGAGAACAAACAGAUGAUGACGUCUCUAGCACUUCGGAUCAAGAGGACAUAAAGGAAACUGAGUAG